CACCUGGCCCGUGCCCGUGCCUUCUUAUUGUGCCCUACUCACCCCUCCUCUCCCUCCUGGUCCACCUGGCAGGAGAGGGGUUCCCUUUGCCAUGGCUGCUCCGCCCCCUCGGAGGGCCUGGCACUGGGUCCUGGGGGCUGCGAUGGUGGGGCUGCCCGGUCCCACCCCCCUUGCCCAGAGCCCUGUCUGAGCUCGCUGGGCGGGAGGUUGGAGAGCAGGUCUGGGGUGGCCUGGCCUGGCCUCGCUGGCUGGGAUGGGCGGCAGAAGCAACGACUGUCCUGCCUGCAGGCCGAGGAGGAGCUCGUCAAAGCGCAGAAGGUGUUCGAGGAGAUGAACGUGGACCUGCAGGAGGAGCUGCCGUCCCUGUGGAACAGCCGUGUCGGUUUCUACGUCAACACGUUUCAGAGCAUCGCAGGCCUGGAGGAGAACUUCCACAGGGAGAUGAGUAAGCUCAACCAGAGCCUCAACGACGUGCUGGUCAGCCUGGAGAAGCAGCACGGGAGCAACACCUUCACGGUCAAGGCCCAGCCCAGAAAGAAAGCUAAACUGUUCUCCCGGCUGCGCAGGAAGAAGCCCAGUGACAAUGCCCCUGCAAAAGAGAACAAGAGCCCUUCGCCGCCGCCCGAUGGCUCCCCUGCGGCCACUCCUGAGGUCAGAGUCAACCAUGAGCCCGAGCUGGCCAUGGCCGCUGCGGCCACCCCCGGGGCUGCCCUGCCCAAGUCCCCGUCUCAGGUAGGCGUGGUCUCUCGGUGGCCUGUCUCCUCUCCUGCUUGUCUUCCUGCUUCACUGUUGCCCCCUCUUUCCUCGGUCUGUUUCCUGCCCGCGCCUGGGCAGGUUUGGAGCCAGAGGCUUUGCCCAGAGAGGGCUGAGCCGCAUUGUUCUCCCUCUGGCCCUGCCUGGCCCAGGCUCACCUUAAUGGCCUGGCCCUUGCAGGGGCCUCUUCCUGUUCUUUCCGCCUCACUGUGCCCCGGCCUGCGGCAACGACCCCUCCCCGCUCCUUGGUUUUGGGUGGCUUUCCUUCCUCCAUCUUCCCUUCCAUGUCGGACACAGGCUCGGCCCUCACCCCGAGCACCAGGUCCUCAGAGCGGCCACCGCGUUGUCCUCGCCUUCUCUCUCCUGCCUGGGACAGUGAAAGGGCCCGGCGAGGGCUGGGCGGG